AUCUGACAACCGGUCCCCCGUUGCUCGGGUCAGUGCUCUCCAAGUCGCUCACCAAGUACCACUGUCGUUGCAGGAUGGGGACUGGCGGACUGUGCGCUGUUGUGUUGGUGCUAGUGGCCUGCGCCGCGUACGCAGACAAGGAUGCCCGCGUCGUUUGCUACUUCAGCAAUUGGGCGAUCUACAGGCCGGGCCAUGGCCGGUACACCAUAGACGACAUCCCGGCAGAGUUCUGCACCCACGUUAUCUACUCCUUCGUCGGCGUCAGUAAUGUGACGUGGGAGGUACUCGUUCUGGAUCCUGAGAUAGACGUUGAACAGAAUGGGUACAAGAACUUCACUGACCUCAAGGCCAAGUACCCGGGGCUGAAGACGGAGCUGGCGGUGGGCGGUUGGGGCGAGGGAGGGCGCAAGUACUCAGCUCUUGUCUCUAUGAAGGAGAGAAGAGAUUCAUUCAUCCGCAGUGUAGUAGAAUACAUGCACAAGUACGACUUUGACGGGUUCGACCUGGACUGGGAGUAUCCUGGAGCGGCAGACCGCGGUGGUAGUUUCUCGGACAAGGACCGCUUCCUGUGGUUCGUAGAGGAGCUGUACCGCGCAUUCCAGGCCGAGGGCAAGGGCUGGGAGAUCACCAUGGCCGUGCCGCUCGCCAAGUUCCGGCUCAACGAGGGAUACCACGUGCCCGAGCUCUGCGAGUUAGUGGACGCGAUCCACGUCAUGUCUUAUGACCUGCGCGGCAACUGGGCGGGGUUCGCUGACGUGCACAGUCCUCUCUACAGGAGACCCCACGACCAAUACGCCUACGAGUUGCUCAAUGUCAACGACGGCCUGGCACUCUGGGUCAGCAUGGGGUGCUCACCCGACAAGCUGGUGGUGGGAGUGCCUUUCUACGGGCGUUCCUUUACUCUGAGUGCGGGCAACACCAACUAUAACCUAGGGUCUUACAUCAACAAAGAGGCGGGAGGUGGGGCCCCAGGCAACUACACAAAAGCCAAAGGCUUCCUUGCCUAUUACGAGAUUUGUGAGUACUUGCAAGAGGAAGACGGCGGCUGGACAGAGAAAUGGGACGAGGCUGGCUUCUGUCCGUACGCAUACAAAGGGACUCAGUGGGUCGGGUACGAGAACGAGAAGAGCCUGCAGAUCAAAAUGGAUUGGAUCAAGCAGAACGGGUAUGCGGGGGCAAUGACUUGGGCCAUAGACAUGGACGACUUCAACAGUGUCUGUGGCCCUCAGAACCCCCUGAUACAGGUGCUCCACAGAAACAUGAAGGACUACACCGUGCCCACCCCGACCAUCACCACGACCCCCAGGCCGGAAUGGGCAAAACCUCCUAGUACACCUUCCUCUUCUCCUGUCAAGCCAACAAAGAAGCCGACAGCUGGAACUCCCAAGCCAAAGCCAAAACCGAAGCCGACAACAGCGAGGCCGACAACAACAACAGAAGAGGAACCCGUUGAAGUUCCAGAGGUCGAAGAAAUCAAGCCUUCCGUUCCUGAAAAACCCGUGACAUCGAAGCCACAGAAGCCGGUGAGACCGGUGGUCAGACCCCCUUCCGGAGAGCCGAGUGAUGGAGGAUGUCCUUGUGAGAACGAGGUGGAAGUCACUAGCAAGCCAGUAGCUACCACCACAAGCAAGCCGGCGACGUCGAAGCCGGAGAUUAAGCCUGAGGAGCCGGUGGAGGAAGUAGCGGCCGAGGAAGGUGAACUGUCACCGCCCAAUUCUGACGUAGACUGUACGACGGACGGCUUCCAGGCGCACCAACAGUGCAACAAGUACUAUCAGUGUGUUCACGGCAAACCUCUCGAGUUCGAGUGCAAGCUGGGGACAGUGUGGAACAAUGAGAUCUCAAUCUGCGACUGGCCCGAGAAUGCACGUCGGCCUGCCUGCAGAACCUUCUACAAGACUAAGAAAUAACUUUUAAAAUUCACUAUUAUUUUUCGAGCGAAUGCUAUUUAUUGCAAUUAAACUGAAGAUAUGUUAUGUAGUUUCGUCUUCAGUUGCUAUUUUUGCUUUGUGAUUAUUUAAAAUGUUUCUUUAGCGAUAUAGUUUAUUUGUUACUUUGUAUUUCUUUUAAAUAUUCUUCGACAUUUCAAUGAGUUGUUAAUCGACAAUAUGACUGUAAUAGAUCCUAAUAUGUAGAUUACAUUAGAGAUAAAGUCUAUCAUUUAUUAAAAUCUGAUUAAUAAGUCUGGAAAGUAACCUGAGAUAAUGUGCCAUUUGAUAUUAGAGAAAAACUUUUAAAGUGCUCUAAUACAGAAUAUUAUAGAUUACACAGGAAUUUGUCCUAGUAUAGAAUGAGAAUUUUACUAUUAGUUAUUGAAAUAAAUAUUUAUGAACUGA